AUGUCGACCCAAAAAUCAACAAAGCACAAGAAACGACAUCUGCCCACAGAUUCAUCGGGAUCCUCGUCAGCACAGCGCCCAACAGGCAAAAAACGUCAAGUAUACGACACGCUCAAUGUCGGCCUGGAUGUAGUGGCCAACAUAUCCGAGGGAUCAGAUGUACUCGCUCCUCUCAAGGCAGCUUGUCGAACCACCAAGUCAAUUCUCGAAGUCGCAGCAGAGAUCAAUCAAGAGGAAUGGAUUGAUCUAGCUGGACGUUUGAAGGAAUACAUGUCUGCGCUCGAGAAACAAAUCACCCUAUUGGAGGCAUAUCCUGAGGAAGACAUGGCCGUUGACGAGGCGUUUAGGCAACCGCUAAUCCACUAUGUCGAAUUUCUCGAAAAUAUGCACGAUACAAUUGUCGACCUGAAGGAGAAACGCAACCGCAGCAAGCUCAGCAUCUUUAAAGCGUUCAGCAAAAUGAAAAUUGACGCAGAAGAGAUUCGCAAACUCAAUCGAGACAUCGAGGACCGGCAUAGGCAAUUCAUGGAGGCCUUGAGUCUUUUUACAGCCUUGCGUAUUCAAAAUGUCGAGAGGAAUACCAAAGCCACCAAGGCGAACGUGGAGACCAUUCUUACAGACAUCGACGCCCAUGCUAUACUACAGCUACCGGUGGUAGCUUUCGUCGCAUCCUCAGUCCACAAGCCCUGUCUGAAAGGAACACGCGAGGCUGUUCUUCAGACCAUCUACCGCUGGGCCGACGAUGAUACGUCGGACAAGCCGAUAUUUUGGCUGUGUGAUAUCGCCGGCUCUGGCAAGUCCACAGUCGCAAUGUCUGCAGCAGAGACUUGGAGGAAGGAAGGAGUGCUAGGAGGCCGGUUCUUCUUCUCCAUUGCAAACAGUGAAGGAUCUACUACAGACAAGUUCUGCUCUACAAUAGCAAGAGACCUGGUCGACUACAUACCCAGGCUUGCGCCGCACGUCGCUGGAGCCGUGAAGCGGCACCCGUCGUUCAUGCGAAGCUCUCUAGAAGAACAGUUCCAGAAGUUCGUCAUUGAUCCCAUCCAUCAUAGUCAAGAACGUGUCAUUCUCGUCAUCGACGCUCUUGAUGAAUGUAAAUCUGGAUUGCAGCGAAGAGAGCUCGUCGAAACGCUUUCUACAGCUGUUCAAGGAACAAAAAACCUCAAGAUCUUCAUGACGAGUCGGCCAGAUCCCUUGGAGGACCGACUGCACGAUGUCAAGCAUCAUGAUAACAUUGGUGAUAUCGCAGUGUACAUACACAAAGCACUAGACAACGUGCUGCCGGAGGGCAAAAGGCAGAGACUGAUCGAAAAGGCCAACGGAUUGUUCAUCUGGGCGAGCACUGCAUGUCGAAUGCUCACCAGCCAGACAAGCUUAAGCCCUCCGGAGAUCACGUAUGAUCACCUCAUGUCCAUGGACAAGGCUGGGGCCAUAGACGAUCUAUAUAACCUCAUCUUUGUGCGCAUGGAUCCCGAGUUCCACACGAUCAUGUACAAGAUGCUCGCUGUACUGCUUGCAGCGUUUGAGCCGCUGACUGCGACGACGUGGACGACAUUCUCAAGCAUUCCGGGCGUACUUGUUGAGGAUGAUACCACGAGUCUAAUCCAAUUUCGGCACCCCACUUUCGUCGAGUACCUUCGGCGUUGCUCUGUAGCCCCACCCAUCGAUACGCGUAACAACGUGUAUAUCAGGAUUCCUGACGCACACGGCCAAGCCGCAGUUUGGUGUCUCAAACAUCUCACAUCGCGAAGAGAUGGUCUCAAGUUCAAUAUAUGUCAACUGGAGUCAUCUUUCUAUCUUAAUAGAGAGAUUCCAAACCUCGAUACGAGAGUAUCGAGAUUCAUUUCAAGACGCCUGCGAUAUGCCAGCUCUCAUUGGCUGUUCCAUGUGGCUGAAGCUGACGACAGCUGGCGGUCCAUCGUCAAGAAGGAAAUCCAACAGAUUAUUCAAGUUCCAUACGUGUUAUACUGGAUGGAGGUUCUGAGCUUGACCAGAGGAGUGCCACGAGCAAUAACCGGUCUUCGAGCUAUUAAACGCCACGCAGGACUUGAAACAUGGGAUGAAGUCAGCAUGGACCAAAUUCGACGGUUUAUAAUGGUAUUUUCAGUACCGAUUCAAGAGAGCGCCCCACACAUAUACAUUUCCGCACUCCCGUUCACCCCUACAAAUUCAAUAUUGCAUAUCGAGGGUGCGAAGAUGUAUAGUAAUACCCUCUGUGUAACCGAAGGCCUCGAGGAAAUGUAUCCUGGGCUCCCAAGUAGGCUUCGAGGUCAUGAAGGCAGAGUCAACGCCGUCGGAUUCUCGCCAGACGGCUCACAGAUUGUGUCUGGCUCGUGGGACAACACAAUUCGAUUGUGGGACGCGGCAACUGGUCAGGCUGUGGGAGAGCCACUCCGAGGUCAUGAAGGCAGAGUCAACGCCGUCGGAUUCUCGCCAGACGGCUCACAGAUUGUGUCUGGCUCGUCCGACAACACAAUUCGAUUGUGGGACGCGGCAACUGGUCAGGCUGUGGGAGAGCCACUCCGAGGUCAUGAAGAUUGGGUCAACGCCGUCGGAUUCUCGCCAGACGGCUCACAGAUUGUGUCUGGCUCGUGGGACAACACAAUUCGAUUGUGGGACGCGGCAACUGGUCAGGCUGUGGGAGAGCCACUCCGAGGUCAUGAAGGCAUAGUCAAGGCCGUCGGAUUCUCGCCAGACGGCUCACAGAUUGUGUCUGGCUCGGACGACAAGACAAUUCGAUUGUGGGACGCGGCAACUGGUCAGGCUGUGGGAGAGCCACUCCGAGGUCAUGAAGGCACAGUCAACGCCGUCGGAUUCUCGCCAGACGGCUCACAGAUUGUGUCUGGCUCGUCCGACAACACAAUUCGAUUGUGGGACGCGGCAACUGGUCAGGCUGUGGGAGAGCCACUUCGAGGUCAUGAAGGCAUAAUCAAGGCCGUCGGAUUCUCGCCAGACGGCUCACAGAUUGUGUCUGGCUCGGGCGACAACACAAUUCGAUUGUGGGACGCGGCAACUGGUCAGGCUGUGGGAGAGCCACUCCGAGGUCAUGAAGGCACAGUCAACGCCGUCGGAUUCUCGCCAGACGGCUCACAGAUUGUGUCUGGCUCGUCCGACAACACAAUUCGAUUGUGGGACACGGCAACUGGUCAGGCUGUGGGAGAGCCACUCCGAGGUCAUGAAUAUGAGGUCAAGGCCGUCGGAUUCUCGCCAGACGGCUCACAGAUUGUGUCUGGCUCGUCCGACAAGACAAUUCGAUUGUGGGACGCGGCAACUGGUCAGGCUGUGGGAAAGCCACUCCGAGGUCAUGAAUACACAGUCAACGCCGUCGGAUUCUCGCCAGACGGCUCACAGAUUGUGUCUGGCUCGUCCGACAAGACAAUUCGAUUGUGGGACGCGGCAACUGGUCAGGCUGUGGGAGAGCCACUCCGAGGUCAUGAAGGCACAGUCAACGCCGUCGGAUUCUCGCCAGACGGCUCACAGAUUGUGUCUGGCUCGUCCGACAACACAAUUCGAUUGUGGGACGCGGCAACUGGUCAGGCUGUGGGAGAGCCACUCCGAGGUCAUGAAAAUUGGGUCAACGCCGUCGGAUUCUCGCCAGACGGCUCACAGAUUGUGUCUGGCUCGUGGGACGACACAAUUCGAUUGUGGGACGCGGCAACUGGUCAGGCUGUGGGAGAGCCACUCCGAGGUCAUGAAGGCACAGUCAACGCCGUCGGAUUCUCGCCAGACGGCUCACAGAUUGUGUCUGGCUCGGACGACAACACAAUUCGAUUGUGGGACGCGGCAACUGGUCAGGCUGUGGGAGAGCCACUCCGAGGUCAUGAAGGCGGAGUCAGCGCCGUCGGAUUCUCGCCAGGCGGAUCACAGAUAGUCUCCGGCUCGUGGGACAAGACGAUCCGAUCAUGGGAUGCAGAAACAGGUGAGUUCAACUCAGCUCGCCUUCGAGAUUGUGAUGCGACUCGACAAAUAGCCUUGAGUGCAAACGCAAAUUCUUCUGGUAAAGAGUCUGUAUAUUCAAGCCUCAGUGAGGGUCUACCGGCCACUCCUCUAAGAAUCCAUGUACCUGGAUUCCAAAUUUGCUUACUCUCGCAGGACGGCUGGGUACAUUCUUCCGGCAAACGUCUCUUCUGGGUACCACCAGACAAUCGACGCGGACUAAAAUAUCCAUAUCUCCUGACAAUUCCAAACGAGGCUCCAUUCCGCAAGACCAAGUUUGAUUUCACCAAUUUUCAAUGUGGUCUCUCUUGGACAAAUGUUCGAACAAAUGUCCCAUAA